CUUAGUUACACAGAUACAUAAAUGGCACAAGUCGACGUCACAUAUGUAUGUUCGAUCAUAUACAAGCAGCUGUCACGCAACGAGUGGACGCAUUGCAUUGGAUGGCUGUCUUUUCCAUCCUUCUGUCUGUCUAUCCUUCUCUCCUUAGUGACUGCAUGGCUAGUGCGAGCAGAGAGGUCGGCACAGACAGACAGACAGACAGACAGCACACGCUAUCCAUGUACGUGUCUCCAUUUCUUCGUCAGCUACACAUGUGCAAGAGAGCAUUCACUGUCGCUGUACUGUACGCCACAAAGCCCAUGACACGAUAAGAGCACGUACGCACCCUCAAAAUGUCGUCGUUAUGCAUACAAAUGAAUAGGCAAACGAGCCAAGGAGUCAACUAUAUCGGCAAUGAAGGAGAGACCAUAAAGUGCUACGCAUCUAUGUGCGCGUCGUAUAGAAUGGUGAGAAAAAUCAGUAUGUCUCCGACAUCGCAAUCGAGACAAAUAGGCUAGACAGACAGACAACCGUGGGCAAAUGCACUACGUAUACCGUCUACACCGAUAAACAAGCUGGCCCGCCUACCUGCCUAUCGACACAGUAGCACCCAAUGAAUAGGGAUGAAAGAAGAAAGCGCACACAUGAGAUAAAGAACAACCAGGAAGGACGGCCAUGCACAUGACAUGCCUGGACGGAAAGAAAAUUCGUCCGUGCAUGACAUUGACAUGCAUCGCAUCGCAUCACAUAGGCAGACAUGAAUGCGAAUAUUGACCAUGCUGCCAGCCUGGGCUACCCACACUCUCAACAAACUUCUCCCCGCAGGGACGAUAAGCCACCCAUCCCCGCCAGGCCCCGCUCUCAUCGAUCGAUGGCGGGCCCCUCGCGUGUCGUCCGCUCCCUUAGUUGCCAGUCACGUGCACGGGGCAGGUCUUGCUGACCACCUGGCCUCCGUUUCGGAACUUGAACAACACCGGCACGAUGGUCUCCUGCAACAAAGCAAAUCCACACCACCAAAUGACUAUGGUCUUCAAUGAUGUCGUUUCCUUUCUCUCUUUGUCACCUGCUUCUGGGCCUGUCCCACAUGGUCGCGCACCAGCUUGACGGUCUGCGAGUUGAGGUCGUCCUUGAUGGCCACGCCCUUGUUCCCUCCCUUGGGGCCGUGCAGCAUCGCAAAGUCAGUCGGGACCCCCACGUACGACGCACGCCAGCCACGCCCACCGCCAGCCACACGCGCGAACUCGCUGCACACAUGUGAAUGAGGCGAACCACGGACUCAUCGACCACUUUGCACGCACGCCUUCUGGCUGGGUUUCUUCCUUUCUUCCGCGCCUUACGUGAUGAGCUUUGGCGAGCCGCUGCCCAAGUGGCCGCCGAGGCACUUGACACGUCCAGCGGUCCCCCCAGCGGUCUCAGGAGCGUCGAUGUCCUCCGAAGGGGCGUCGAUGGGGCCUUCGAUGGUGGUGCAGCUGACGGUCACCUGGCACGGGCCGACAUCCACUCCGCCGACCGUAUACGUCACCUCGUAGGUAAUAUUCUGCACCCACGCAGGAACCGAACCAGACAGCCCGCCCGCCCAUUGCCUUUGACAGCCCGCCCGCCCAUUGCCUUGUUUGUAAGUCAAUCCAUACAGGUAAGUAGGUCCCUACCGUGUCUAGCGGCGCGCCUGCCAGGCAGACGAGCUGCAGGGACUGGGUGUCGCUCGAGGCCUGGCAGUAGACAAACAAUACAGAUGUAGACACAACCGCAGGUAGAGACUGUGUUUGAGCCUACCGUGAGGUAGACAAACUUGGUAGUGUUCUCAGGCAGGUCACCCAGCACGAUUUCAGUCAGUAUGGUGGUCACAUUUGCCUCGUCGGGAGCAGUCAGGUACGUCCUGCGUGCCAUGCGAUCAAAGGGACAGAAGCACAAGACACAUGAGACCGUGCAGUGUGCUGCUUGCAAUUGACUCACGGGAUGACUUCCUCUGUGGUGACGUUGCAGUAGUUGGUGGUGAUGGUGGGGGGGGCCGUCGUCGGGCACGCGGCCUGCUUCCGUCCUGCCAAAGAGCCAUUACACAACACAACAGAACACAUCCGAUAUCAUUCGUUCAAUCUUCCCUCCGAAUCAUGCUGCCACCGUACCUUCGCCACGUGCAGCCGCCGCACCGGCACCGCAGAGCACAAUGGCGAGAGCGACAAUGGUGGAGGCGGGAACAAUGCCGAGGCGCAUCAUUGUCACGACAGAAGGGCGAGGGGAAAGGGGAGG